UUUGCUAAUUUUAAAAGUAGGGAGGCAGGAAGCAUGACGACAAAGUUUCCGUCUUUGCAAACAAAAAAUGAUCCAGCCCCUGUGAGAAACAGCACAUAGAGCAUUUAUGUGAGCUCUGUUGCUCUUGUAUUUGACCACAUGUGAUUAGUUUCUUGUUUAUUUUGUGCUAUGGCUGCAAAUGAAAAUGACACUGACAUUUCAUGGAUACAUGAGACGAUAGAUAUUGAGGAACUGACCCUGGCCUUCUGCUUGUCAAUGCUGGUGGGUCUUCUCAUUGGAAUUCUGAUCUUCAUCUUCAUGACAUGGAUGUCCAGACGCAGAGCCUCAGCAAGGAUCACAACACGUCCCAGUCGAUGGUCAAGAACUGCCAGAUCACGAAAUCGCCGCAGUCAGCGAGGUGCCUACAAUAGCAACAGCUUCAACCUGAACAGUGAAAGCACAGGCAGAGCCAUGUUAAACCUGGACAGACAGACAUCUGUUGACCCAAACGAGCUGCUGGGCCGCAGCCCCAGCUUUCUAGCUUCCACCUUUCGACCACCUACAAAGAAGGGCAGUAAUGAAACAGAAGACGAGAGCCAGACAGCACUGCUUCAUAAUACCAGCGGCACUAAUUCACCGGUUACAGAUCCUUUUAAUAUGGGCCAGUCUGAGUCCUUUUGGUUAGGGAAGGGCAGUCUGAGAGGCUAUCUUCCCACACAAACUCCUCCACCUGCAUAUGACAGUGUUAUUCAUAUGUUUCAAGAGACCCACACCUAAUUGUACUGGGUUACAAAAGACUUGGGCAUUUAGAAGGAGUGUUGAAUGAGCUGAUAUGUGCAUACAUUUUUUCUUUGCAUUUAUGCCUGGUGAUUUAAAAGGCUGACUUCUGUGGGAGCUGUAUUUUAGCAUGAGGGGCGUGAUGAUUUCAUUGAUCUAUAACAAUAAAACAAUAGAACGUUCUACAGAUUUACAGUUCUACAGAUUUACAGUUCUACAGAUACAGUAAUAUUUUACUUUAGGUUGACAGCCCUACAACGUUAUUGGAAAGUAGGGGUGGAAUAUGUUGAAUUUUCAUCUAUUUAUUGAAAGUGGAGAAAAAGAAACAGUGGGGUGAUGUGAGAAUCAGUUAUUUUUACUUUUAUUUCACACAAUUUUACCUUAACCUUAACCAGUACUAAUUUUGUUCAUUCUGUAAAAUAAGUAAAUACAUAAAUAAAUUUAUGAUUACACAUAUAAUCAUUCUUCCCUAGCUCUGUAAUGGAUGCAAAAAAAAAACAA